AUGGGGAAGAGACAAGAUAAACAGGAGAACAAUAACCAAAACGCAGAGACAAAUCAACAAGAUGAGAAGAACAGUCAGUCCAGCAAAGAGAUUGUGUUGAGAGUACUUAUGCAUUGUGAAGGAUGCAAAAGCAAGGUUUCUAAAUGCUUGAAAGGGGUUGAUGGCAUCGAAGAUGUUACGGUUGAUUAUGCGAAUCAGAGAGUGGUUGUGAAGGGGAAAAAGGCCAAUCCAUUGAAGGUUUUGGAGAGACUGCAGAAGAAGUAUAGCAGCAAUGCUGAACUUAUCUCUCCAAAACCAAAGCCUGAAAACAAAGCGAAAAAAGAGCCCCAAAAGAAAGAAGAGGCUCAGCCUCAGGUGAAGGUUGUGGUGUUGAAAAUGUUGAUGCAUUGUGAAGGCUGUGCAAAUGAUAUUAAGAAAUACUUGGAGAAAAUGAAAGGUGUUUUAAGUGUUGAAGCAAAUAUGGAGAGCUCAAGGGUGACAGUGAGGGGAGUGGUUGAUCCACCAAAGCUGAUAGAAUACAUCAAAAAUCAAUUAGGGAAGCAUGCUGAGAUUGUGAAGCAAGAACAAGGACAAAAACAGGGCAACAACAACAACAACAACAAUAAGAAAGACCCAGAAAGGGAAAAUAUAUUUCAAUAUCCUCCUCAAUACUCAUCUCAGCAUAUUUACCCCAACCAGACAUUUAGCGACGAAAACCCUUUUGCCUGUUCCAUAAUGUAA